AUGAUGUCAUGCGGCCUGGGUUAGAGAGGAGGAAGAAGAAAAAACAACAACAAGCUUGUUGGGUCAGUGAUCGACAGCGUCUAGACCAGGAGUCAAAAACCAGUCUAAUAUCACUCCCGAGGGCAAGAUGUCUUUGUUUGGGAAGUUGUUUGGUAGCAAUGGAAAAGGGGGCAAAUAUCCAAGCCCCCAAGAGGCCAUCCAGCGACUGCGAGAAACAGAAGAAAUGUUGACCAAGAAACAAGAAUUCCUUGAGAAGAAGAUCGAGCAGGAGCUUGUGACGGCCAAGAGAAACGGAACGAAGAACAAAAGAGCUGCAUUGCAGGCACUGAAGCGUAAGAAGCGCUAUGAGAAGCAGUUAGCUCAGAUUGAUGGCACUCUUUCUACUAUCGAGUUCCAGCGGGAGGCACUAGAGAACGCUCACACCAACACCGAGGUCAUCAAGAAUAUGGGCUUCGCUGCCAAGGCCAUGAAAGCUGCUCAUGACAACAUGGACAUCGACAAAGUGGACGACCUCAUGCAGGACAUCACAGAACAGCAGGAGCUGGCGCAAGAAAUUUCAGAUGCAAUCUCAAAGCCUGUCGGGUUUGGGGAGGAAUUUGAUGAGGAUGAGCUGUUAGCUGAACUAGAGGAGCUGGAGCAGGAAGAGUUAGAUAAGAACCUCCUGGAGAUUGGAGACAAUGUACCAUUGCCAAAUGUGCCCUCUACAUCCUUACCUGCCAGACCAGCAAAGAAGAAAGAAGAAGAGGAUGAGGAUGACAUGAAAGACCUGGAGGCGUGGGCUGCCAAUUAAUGCCCCCCGAAACCCAUACACACUAUACAAGGCAUAAACCUCACUCCGAUACCUGUAACUAAAGGACCUGGAAUGUUACAGUAUGACGUCUUCAUAUUUAAACACACACACAAGAGGAAAACAAAAACAUAAAUAAAAAGACAAAUCUCCGUCAGGUCAACACACUCAUCUAA